UAUGAACAUCAGCCAAGUCUAUAUCCGGGUAAGUUGCCCGGAAGAAUCCCUCCCCUCUCCAACAGUCGUGAUCGAUGACUCGGUCUUCCUAUGUGUUGACUGACUUGGCUGCCCUGGAGGCAGCGGCAUCAAAUCGAACGUAGGUUACAAAUACCAGUGAGGGGAGAGCCAGAGGAAAGCACAGAUUGGAGAAACAUAAAGGAUGAAGGUGGCGGUACUGUGUUUCCUUCCAAUGGCCGUGGCUGUGGCCGUCACCUUGGCCGCUUUUACCGUGAAUGACAACUGCGUCCGGAUGUGCGGGAAUGUGAGCGUGCCUUUCCCUUUCGGUCUCGAGGACAGGUGCGCGUGGAACCCAGACCUAGUCCUCAUCUGCAUCCCACCGGGGGACCUGUUCUUCGGCGAGAACAUUCCGUUGUACAACAUAUCCGUGGAGAACGGGACAAUGACCAUUGGCCUGUACCGCGCUUUCGACUGCUACAACGGGGAUGGCAUUCCGCUCAAGGGCUCUAACCCUGACCCGUGCAUUAAAUUGGGCGACAACGGGCAUUAUACAUUGUCGGACACCCGGAACAAGCUCACCGUCAUGGGCUGCGACACCUUGGCUCUUAUCUCGGACAAUGCCGGGACUUUCGGGAGUGGAUGCUUCUCCUAUUGCCGCGAGGACAUAAACUUCACAGCCGAGAGUGCUUGCUCUGGCCUCGGUUGCUGUCAAACUUCGAUCCCCAAGAACCUCAGGAGCCUCAAUAUAUCCAUGGGCAGCACAACGAAUUACACCGCAGUUCAGGACUUUACCUCUUGCGGAUCAGCGUUCGUAGUGGAACAGGCGUCGUUUAAUGCCUCCGAUUACAAGCUUCCUGUCCCGGCUGACAUCGGCAAAUACGUUUUCUCAAGGGUUGUCCUGGAUUGGGUGAUUGAACGGGGUUUGACCUGCGAGGAAGCGAAAUCGAACGGAACGAGAUUCCGAUGCGGCGCCAACAGUUCCUGCUCCAACUUCACGAACGGGGAGGGUUAUCGUUGCUUCUGUGAGGCUGGGUAUACGGGGAAUCCCUAUGCCUCCCCAGGAUGUCAAGACAUUAACGAGUGCAAGGAUCCAGGACGAUAUCCAUGUCGUGGGAAUUGCAAGAACACGCCCGGGAACUACACAUGCGCCUGCCCAUUCGGUAUGACUGGUGAUGGCAAAGUCGGUUGCCAAAUUUCUGGUCUUGCCAUAAUCGCCGCAGUCGUUGUAGCCGUAACGCUAUGCAUAGUUGUUUGUGGCCUAGUCUUGUUCAUAUGCAAGAGGAGGGCCAAAGAUAGACACUUCAGGCAAAAUGGAGGCGAGAUCUUGAAGCACCAGCGAGUGAAAAUCUUCACCGAGGCCGAGUUGGCUAAAGCCACCAACAACUACGAUGCCAGCAACAAGCUCGGGGAGGGUGGUUUUGCUUCGGUUUACAGAGGAAGAAUCGACGGCAAUGUUUUAGUCGCGGUCAAGAAGCCUAGAGAUGUCCCCAUCAAGAAGCCGAAAGAAGUGAACAAGGACGGGUCUCCGAGCACUCACGACGAAUUCCUGCACGAAAUCAGCAUUAUUUCGCAGGUGAAUCACAAGAACUUGGUCAAGCUCCUGGGCAUAUGCUUGGAGACAAAAGUGCCAUUAUUGGUCUAUGAACUCGUCCCGAAUGGGACUCUCUAUCAUCAUAUUCAUGACAAGGGAUCAACCCUUCUCCGGUCGUGGAAGAAUUGCCUCAGGAUUGCCACGGAAGCCGCCUUGGCCCUCGAGUACUUGCACUCCCUGGCUGACCCGCCGGUCAUCCAUAGCGAUGUCAAGUCUUUGAAUAUACUUUUGGACGACAAGUACUCAGCAAAAGUAUCCGAUUUCGGAGCCUCGGUUUUGAUUUCGCCUGGAAAAACUCAUAUAGCCGAGAGAAUACAAGGCACGAUGGGUUACAUCGACCCUGAGUAUCUCAUCACUGGUGAAUUGACCACAAAGAGCGACGUUUAUAGCUUCGGGGUCAUCCUCGUGGAGCUCCUCACCGGAGAGAAGCCGACUCGGAGGGCAAAAUCUGGGGAAAAAAUCAACAUCCUCCAAUCUUUCAUCUUGGCAGUGGAGGACGGGACACUCCUCCGCAUGACAAAUUUCGAGGCAUCCGAUGAAGGCGAACAGUGGGAGAUCGAGGGGGUUGGUUCGCUUGCUAGAAGGUGCUUGAACUACGACGGCCCGAGUAGGCCGACAAUGAGGGAAGUGGCCGAGCAACUGGCUAGGAUCAACAAGAACUUGUGCCCCGAUCAACAGGACCGCGAGGAGACUGAGAGCUUACUCGGCGAGACGAGAAGAGAUUCUUAUUGGACUUCAACUAGCGAAAUGAACAAACCAGAGUCGACCGACCUUAUGGUAUUUGACAUCGAAGCCACCGCUAUAAGUUCCAGCAUCUGAUUCGCGGUUUCUACCGUGGGGCUACGCCCAAGAAACGAUUCCAAUGGUCGUACGUUCGUCCUUGGUCUUUGUUC